UCCUAGACAGCGCGGCCUGCUUGUAGAAAAGAGAUAUCGUCUGUGUGUCCGUUGUUGGAUUCAACUGUGAGUUUUUUAUACAAGUCUACUUGAAGUCAGUACGUGUAAGCAAAAGCGCGCCGAUAAUUCACAUAAUGAGCGCAGCCGCCACGCCACCGCCACUCGUCUCGACGCUUCGGCGAGCGGCUUCGCGGCAGCUCGUCGGAGGUGCAUCUGCCAGGGCGCAACUAGCCGCAACAGCAUCGGCGACCUCCACUCCGGCGGCUCAGCUGCAGGUUUCCGCCGUUCGGCUUGUGGAAUGGAAGCGGUUUCUGGACGACGCGUUUUCGCGGUACAAGCAUGAUGUGGCGGGAUCGGCUUCAACUUGUUCGCCUGAGCCGCACCUCAGCGCAGCCAAGACGGCGCUCUUGAAGUCCCUUGCCGAAAAGCUGCAACAAAACCGCGUGCGGAACUGCGACCGCGCGGAGGAGAAGGAUUUUUUGCGAAGGCAGCGAGCUUUGCACUGGCGCCCAGAGUGGAAAGAGUUGUUGCAAAGUCUGCACAACAUCACGAAAACGACAUCUGGCACGAGCAACAGCAUCGCUGCAGGCUAUGCCAGCAUCACCUCAAGAACAGACCACUGCGCUACAAUCGUCGAGAGUUUGAGUCUCUGCAAUGAGUCUGCGGUUGCUCAUCGGUGGAACUGGCAGCAUACCGACGAACUGAUUGCGGUUGUAGACAGUCAGUUGCGGAAAUUUCAACAGGGGUCCUCUGCCCCUACCGCCACGUUCUACUCGAACACGGAUCUGGCCACGACGGUUGCAGCGUGCGCCAGGCUAGGGUAUUACGACGAGGCUCUGUGCAAGACCGCUUUUCAGGAGGUGGUGGGGAAGAAGCUUGCAGGUGGCUCAGCAACUACUGCAUUUGGAGCGUGUAGUGGAGAGGAAGCUCCUGCGACAGGAAGCGUUGAAAUAACGACUACCACGUCUAGCGUGAUCCCGAGCCCGCCGCAAUCCGACGAGGAAAAGAACAACGUGCUGAAGGUUUUGCUCGGGUGCGGCACCCUCGGGUACGAAGUGCCGGACAAGUUCCGAAAUUCGUUGACCACGAAUUUUAUGGAAUCCCACGUUAUGCUAUCGCCCUCGCCGCCAGGAACCGGGCUGCCACCUGCAGAGAGCGGGUCCGGUGUCAGCGUUGUUCCCUCUUUCGGCAACGCAGGACAAGCGACAGCGCCAAGCGCAGUACCAGGAAUGAUCACUCAAGCUUCAUCCCCCGUCAUCUCCCUCCCCCCUCCGCGCCGGCUCGCCCAGCUGACCUUCGCGUUUGCGUUGCUGAAGCAGACGGACCUCCCUCGUUGGAUGGCGAAGUCUUUGGAGAAUCUGUCGGACUUUGAUCUGAAAAACAACAUUCCGGAGCUGCGAAUGCUUGUACACCCUACUGUCUUGCUGAUGAAGGACACGGCGUUUCGGAAGCGCGUUGCGAAAUUGGUGGUUGAAAGAUUCUUUCCGGAGAGCGCAUCUGCAGCUCAUAAGAACACCGGUGAUCUUCUUGCUGACGGAAGUACAACUACUUCUUCGGUAGACAAAAAUAUCAACAUUCAGGAUGUCAGCAGCAACAAAGCAUCGAAGAUGAAACUCGCAUCGGCGGCGGCGGACAACAGUGCGCACCUGUCGCAUUUCGAGCGGAACAUAAAGCAGUUUUUGACUUCUGAUGUCGUAAACUUCGACGGCGGGAAGAAGUUGAGGUACACAACUGCUUGUCGCGAGUUGGAAGCAAAGUGGAGGUCGGAGUUCGGGGUUUCCGUCGAUUUUUGUCUGGAAGUUGCCGACAACCAGCAGCAGGGCGAUGAAAACCAUACUGAUGCAACUCCUACACCACGCACUCCAGCAGCGCGGAACGAAGGCGCCGAACCGGGAUUGGGUGCGGGUGGGUCGCUGGGUGGAAGAAGCGGCCAGGUCAACAAGCCCCCUUGCGUGCGCGAGCUUGUCGUGUUUGAGGUCGACGGCCCGGGACACUAUUGUCUAGCGCCAGGGUAUCAACGUCCGCUCGGCCGGACGAGUUUGAAGCAGAGUGUUCUGCGGACACUUGCUGAGGCAGAGAGUGGACAGAAUGGUGAUGAAGAUGGAGGUUGUGUGUACCAAGUAAAAGUGGUCAGUAUUCCAUACUUUCGGAUUCUCGCAAUGAACUCGCCCCGCGACUACAGAGGUGACGGUAGCUUCAGUGCGCCGAAGCUCUGGAAUUUAGUUAGAGAAAAGUUGUGAAUGCAAGUAAAUGCCGUUGCUACCUUUGUACGAUUCCGCCUUCUGUGAAGAAUGAAGAGUUUGGAAAU